AUGACAACUUUUGACUUCUCGGACGUCGAGGCGUUUCUGGACUGCCACCCGGACCUCUUCGAGCAGUAUCUGAUGCGCAAGAGCCGCCGGGACUCUCUGAGCGGGUGGCUGGAGCAGCGCGCGCCCUCCAAGUCCUCCUCCGCCGCGGAGGAGAAGGAGAAGAGUGAUCCCUUUUCGUCCUCCUCCUGCGCGGACGCGCUGAAGCGCCGCUCGUCGCACGCGGAGCUCCGGCGCAGCUUCGCGCGCUCCAAAGCGAGCACGGCGCAUCGCACGUACGACGAGCACGUGAGCCUGUCGGCGCACGAGUCGCAGUCGAGCGUGCGGCGGCGCGCGCUGCUGCGCAAGGCCAGCUCCCUGCCGCCCACCACGGCGCACAUCCUGAGCGCGCUGCUGGAGUCGCGCGUGAGCGUGCCGCGCUACGAGUCUAGCGCGCUCGACUACAAAUGUCGCCUGAAGGAGUCCAACGAGCGCGAGUUCUUCCUCGAGCUCGUCAAGGACAUCUCCAACGAGCUGGACAUGACCAACCUAAGCUACAAGAUCCUCAUCAACGUGUGCAUCAUGGUGAACGCGGACCGCUGCUCGCUCUUCCUCGUGGAGGGACCCUCGCACAAGAAGACCCUCGUGUCCAAGUUCUUCGACGUGCACUCGGGCACCACGGUGCGACCCUCCUCCAGCAUGGACUCCAACGAGGUGCAGGUGCCCUGGGGAAAGGGCAUCAUCGGCUACGUGGCCGAGCAUGGCGAGACCGUCAACAUCCCAAACGCUUACGAGGACCAUCGCUUUAGUGAUGAGAUUGACAAGCUGACAGGUUAUAAGACCCAGUCGAUCCUGUGCAUGGCCAUUUGUAACAGUGAUGGGGAGGUGAUUGGAGUGGUGCAGGCCAUCAACAAAAACCCCAGCGGAACUCCUUUCACUGAGGAUGAUGAAAAGGUGCUGCAGAUGUAUCUGCCCUUCUGUGGAAUAUCGAUCUCCAAUGCCAAGCUCUUCUCAGAGUCCCGCAAAGAGUACGAUAGGAGCAGGGCUCUGCUGGAGGUGGUGAAUGAUCUGUUUGAGGAGCAGACAGACCUGGAGAAGAUUGUGAGGAAGAUCAUGCAGCGAGCUCUAACGCUGCUGCAGUGUGAGCGCUGCUCUGUGCUGCUGCUGGAGGACAUUCACUCACCUGUGGUGAAGUUCUCUAAGACGUUUGAGCUCAUGUCUCCACUCUGCAGUGUUGAUCAUGACAUAAGCAUGGAGAAGGUGUCCUGUUCAGACUGGCUGAUCAAUAACAGCAUUGCUGAGCUGGUGGCGUCCACAGGCCUGCCUGUCAACAUCAGUGAUGUGUGUCAGGAUCCCCGCUUUGAUGCUGAGGCUGAUCAGGCCUCAGGGUUUCAUAUCAGGUCAGUGCUGUGUGUCCCCAUUUGGAACAGAACCCAUCAAAUAAUUGGUGUUGCCCAGAUUCUUAAUCGCCUGGACAGGAAGACGUUUAACGAUGCAGAUCAAAGGCUAUUUGAGGCUUUUGUUAUAUUCUGUGGCCUCGGCAUCAACAAUACGAUGAUGUACAACCAAGUGAAGAAGACAUGGGCCAAGCAGUCUGUAGCUCUGGAUAUGCUGUCUUAUCAUGCUACAUGCUCAAAGGUGGAGGUGGAUCGACUCAAGGCUGCUAAGAUCCCCCUGAGCAGCGAGCUGGGCAUUGACGAGUUUCACUUUAAUGACUUUUCACUGGACAACGACGCCAUGAUCACCGCCUCCCUGCGGAUGUUUCUAGAGCUCGGGGUUGUGCAGAAAUUCAAAAUUGAUUAUGAGGUGCUGUGCCGAUGGCUGCUCACUGUGAGGAAGAACUACCGCACUGUGGCCUAUCACAACUGGAGACACGCCUUCAACGUCUCCCAGUGCAUGUUUGUCAUGAUCACUACUGCAGGUUUUCAGGAAGUUCUGACGGAUACAGAGACUCUGGCACUGAUGGUUGGGUGUCUCUGCCAUGACCUGGACCAUCGUGGCACUAACAAUGCCUUUCAAGCCAAGUCAGGGUCAGCACUGGCGUUACUGUAUGGAACAUCAGCCACUCUCGAGCAUCACCACUUCAACCACGCCGUCAUGAUCCUGCAGAGCGAGGGUCACAACAUUUUUGCCAACCUCUGCUCUAAAGAGUACAGCCACAUGAUGCAGCUCCUAAAGCAGGCCAUCCUGUCCACAGACCUCACCCUGUAUUUCCAAAAAAGAACAAAGUUCUUUGAAUAUGUUCUGUCUGGAAAGUUCAGCUGGUCAAAUCAGGAGCACAGAGAUGUCCUCAGGUCCAUGCUGAUGACUGCAUGUGACUUGGGUGCAGUGACUCGACCGUGGAGGAUCUCUAAACAGGUGGCAGAGCUGGUGACUAGUGAGUUCUUUGAGCAGGGUGACAGGGAGAGGUCGGAACUGAAGCUGACUCCCUCUGCCAUUUUUGAUCGCAACCGUAAAGAUGAACUCCCUGCUCUCCAGCUGGAGUGGAUUGAUGGGAUUUGUAAGCCAUUGUAUGAGGCUUUGGUGAAGCUGAAUAGGAAGCUCCAGCCAAUGGUAGAUGGGAUAGAUGCCAAUCGCAAGAAGUGGGAGGAGCUUUGUUUGUCCUAUCAGCAAGCACGCCGAGCCUCAGAAUCCUCCAAUCUUUGUCAAGAGGAGGGAGAAGCCGAAGAAUCCAAUCAAAGCGCAGAAUCUGCCUACAGACCACAUGCACAGUCAUGUGAAUGUGCAGCAACCAAUCAAAACACAGACUCCACCCACAGACCGGAGUCAAAUCAGACCAACAGCAACUAGUGAGAGGUUAACUUCAGUAGCCAGUGGAAGGGAUAGAGGAGAGAAUACUAACUAAAACAGACACAAUGCGUUUAUAUUACAGAGUGUCACAGUGCACAUCUGUUUGGGUUGCUUUGUGAUUUGUAUUGAUGAAAAACUGGUAAAAAGCUUGGUUGGAAUGUUGAGCAUUCCAUAAUUCUUGUUUAAUAUGUAGUGAUGGGAUUGCUUACAG